GAAAAUAGUAACUGGCCUGAAAUGACACGAGAACAUCUGCAUUUCUUUACUGCUCACGUCUUUCUUAUUCAAUAACAAGUCUAAUGUAUAUGCUUUACUCGUCCAUGAAUAUAUAAAGUUCAACUAAAUUUCAAUUGAAACUGUUAAAAUUGAAAAAUCAUUGUGAAAAAUUAUGAAAAUGAAAACAAUAAAAAUAAUCCUGAUUUCAAUGACUUUACUUGUGGCAGUAUACAAUGUUGAAUGUACAUUGUCCAAAAGCAGUACGAAAUCAAAGAAAAAGAAGGUUGAGGAAGAUGUUGCUAUUACAACAGAUUCAGUGGUAAAACGUAACUUAGUGACCCCAUCUCCAAAAGUGAAAGACAUUCUUGGGCAACAUAAAGAAUAUUGUGAAAUUGAAAAGGAGAUAAAGAAGUUCAAAGGGACAACAUUAGCUUAUGUCACACCGUGGAACUCCCAUGGCUAUGACAUUGCAAAGAUGUUUGGCAAUAAGUUUGACUAUGUAUCACCAGUGUGGCUACAGAUAAAACGCAAACCAGGUGGUGCUUAUGUCAUGGAAGGGGGACAUGAUAUAGAUAAAGGUUGGGUGAAAGACGUCAAGCAUGGAAGGAGUGUUAAUCUUACCCCUCGUGUGUUGUUUGAUGGAUGGACAGGGCGUGACUUCAAUGCAUUGUUCUCCAGUGAAGAUGAAGUAGAAGAUUGUGUUGAUGCUAUCCUUAAAUUUGUUCAGGAACACAAGUUCAAUGGGAUUGUGUUAGAAGUUUGGAUGCAAUUGGGUGGCCAGAAGAAUAAGGAGUUACUCCACUUUAUUGAACAUCUUGGUGAGAGUUUCUUUGCAAAGAGCAAAAAACUCAUUGUUGUCGUACCCCCUCCAAAUCCUCUCAGCCAGCAGGGGCAUAAUAUAUUACCAAAGGAGGACUUUGAUCUCCUGGCUCCAGUCGUAGAUGGUAUCAGUCUGAUGACAUAUGAUUUCUCCAAUGCAAUGAGGCCAGGUCCAAAUAGUCCAUUACUCUGGAUACAAAAGUGUGUAGAAUAUUUAGCUCCUGAUGCAGAUUCUCCUAACAGACAGAAAAUACUUCUAGGUCUCAAUUUCUAUGGUUAUGAUUAUGCCUCUGGGCAGGGAGAGCCAGUUGUAGGAAAUAAAUAUAUUGAAAUACUUUCCAAACAUAAACCUAAAUUGAAAUGGGACUCUGAAUCAGCAGAGCAUUAUUUCACAUACAAAACCUCUCAAGCAGAACAUACAGUGUACUUCCCUACCUUACAGUCAAUUUAUUCCAGAAUAGAACUUGCGGAAGCAAUGGGGACUGGGAUAUCCAUAUGGGAGAUAGGACAAGGAUUGGAUUAUUUCUAUGACCUUUUGUAAAUGUUUGAUUCAUUUUUAUGCAAUUUGAAACACUUACGGAAUAGGAUGAUUGGACAGAAAUAUUUUUAUUAUUUAUUUGUGUACACUGGGUUGUUUUAAUUCAUUUCUAUGCAAAAACAUGUUGAUGCAUUAUUAUGGGGGAUUUUGGUGAAUGAUACAAUACUGUGAAAUGUAUCAGUGUCACAUUAAUUCCAUUCUUAUAUACAGAUGUAUAUUUAUCUUUGCGAAUCUUAUCAUGUCUGCCUCUCUGACUUACAUAUGUCAAUAUAUUAUUAUUGAAGAGCAGAUCUACUUUUCAGAGUAAAAAGAUUGAAGUUGACGCUGUGCCAAUUGACAAGUACAGCGUUUAAAAUAUAGAAUUAUAUCAGUCAUCCUAUGUAUAUAAUGAUGAAAUCAACGUUUCUUUUGCCACAUUUAAGUCAUUCCAUUUAUAGUAAGCAUUUUGUUGUUGCAUAUGUUGAAUGAGUGCCUUACAAGCCACAUCAUAAUUAGGAAUGUUUGUUCAUCUUUACCAACAUACCUCUAAACAACACUUUUUGCAUUGAGUCAAUACUGAUGUGGCAAUGAUGAGAUCACAAUGUUAUUCUUAUGACUUUAAUUGCUAAAAUCCUCUUGAAAUGCAAGAGGAGUAUACAUCUACUGUCUGAUGUAACAAAGACACUGGUGAUAAAAACACUAUUAAGAGAAACAUACACAUAGAAGAUAUGAAAUACAUAUUGGCUACAUUCCACAAAAAAUGUAAAAAAAUAUUCAUGAUGUUUGUAAAUAUAUGGUGAUUAUGAAACAUGUAUGCUCAAAUUAAUUUGGUAUUUGGACAAGAUUAGUACAUGUACAUGUACAUUAAUGUACUUCCACAAUUGUAAUAAAUUACAUUUAAAGGAAGGGGAUAAAAGUCCAUUUUGCUUCUUUCAUCAAUUUUAAUACACCCCACACUCUGAAAUCGAGGUACCAUAUACCAUUUUCUAAUUUUCUUGGUACCUUAUACAUGGUACAUUUGGAGUAAGGCAUUAUAUGGUACUGUUUGAGUUCAAAAUAUGGUACCAUACAGUACCAUAUUAUGUGGUACCCUUUUGUGCAAUAGUUGAAAUGGUACCAUAUGGUUUUGUUAAAGAUUGGCUAUUUAGGAAACAACUUUCAAUUUGAUCAGUUUCAUUUUUAGAGGAGUGAGGGCCGGCAAUCUGAAAUGUGUUUUAUUACUUUUUUGGACAACAUUGGAGUCUUGACUCAGACCCUUAUUAUGGUAAUAGCACUAGAAUACAUGUAAGUUAUUCUUCUUUUGUAAUAAAAUGUUAAAAUAUACACUUG